GGAGGUUUUGUUGCGAGGUUUUGUAGCGAAAUUUACUAGUGACCUAAGGGUAAAACGGCAUCCGAAUCUGGGGAUUAUUUCGUUUAGACACGGCCCGGUUCCCCGUCAUGGCGGACCAAGAGGAAGCUUUUGGUCCACUACAUUCACCCAGUGGCUCGGACUCCAGAGAUGUGCAAAGCGAAAACAAAAAUGAGAAACAAAAUGGGACAACAACCAAGUCCCCCUCCUCACAGACCACCUAUAUUCAGCAGGGAAUGGAAGGAAUAAAAGUGUAUCUGCACGAGAGAGAGCUGUGGAUGAAGUUUCAUGAAGUGGGAACAGAGAUGAUCAUCACAAAAGCGGGAAGACGAAUGUUUCCCAGUUUUAAGGUAAAGGUCACAGGGCUGAAUCCUAAAACUAAAUACAUUUUGCUCAUGGACGUUGUACCUGCGGAUGACCACAGAUACAAAUUCGCAGACAAUAAAUGGUCUGUGACGGGGAAGGCCGAGCCCGCUAUGCCCGGUAGGUUGUACGUGCACCCGGAUUCUCCCGCCACGGGUGCCCACUGGAUGCGCCAGCUCGUGUCCUUUCAGAAACUUAAACUGACCAACAACCACCUGGAUCCAUUCGGACACAUCAUCCUGAAUUCCAUGCACAAAUACCAGCCCAGAAUCCACAUCGUCAAAGCGGACGAGAACAACGGGUUUGGUUCCAAAAACACGGCUUUCUGCACGCAUGUGUUUCCCGAGACAGCUUUCAUAGCCGUGACAUCGUACCAGAACCACAAGAUUACUCAGCUAAAGAUUGAGAACAACCCAUUUGCUAAAGGCUUUCGUGGAAGUGAUGAUAUGGAGCUACACCGGAUGUCCAGAAUGCAAAGCACCAAAGAGUAUCCAGUUGUACCUCGCAGCACUGUGCGUCAGAGAGUUGGCUCUAGCCAAAGUCCCUUUAGUGGAGAGAUUCAAAGCAUGACCAAUCCCAUCAGCAGUCAGUACUCCCAGUGUGAUAGUGCAGUCUCCAGCACCUCUCAGGACAUGCUGCCUCAGUCAGGCUCCUAUCCUCUGCCACAUGAGCACAGCCAGGAGUAUCACUGCAUCAAGAGGAAAGUGGAGGAGGACUGUCACUCAGGCGAACACACCUACAAGAAGUCGUACUUAGAGAGCUCUUCAAGCGAGGAUGACCAUUACUACAGACCCGUGGGUUACACACAAAGCCUGAGCUUGGCUGGGGGGCCAUAUCGCAGUGAGUCCAGUCAGCGGCAGGCAUGCAUGUAUGCUGGUGUACCACAGGGGGGAGAGCCUGUUCCUAGUCUAGAGGACAUCAGCUGUAACACGUGGGCUAGUGUGUCACCUUAUGGGAGCUGCUCGGUCACUGCUAUGCAGCCCAUGGAGCGGCUGCCUUACCAGCACUUCUCAGCCCACUUCACCUCAGGAUCCCUUGUAUCUCGGCAGCUGGGGGAUAGCCACCAUGCAGCUAUGUACCAGAGCCCCAUGCACCACCAGACACUGGCCCGCCAGUGCAGCCCUGGAGCAGGGAUCCAGUCACCAACAGCUAGUCUGCAGGGGAACGAGUACCUUUACCCCCACAGCAUACCACGCACACUAUCUCCUCACCAAUACCACACUGUGCACAGUGUCAGCAUCAUGCCAGAGUGGAAUGACAACAGCUAA